UUCCCAUAGUUACCGGAACCACAUACAGCAGGGCCAUGUGGUUUUCCCAACUCACCAUGUAUGAAAUAUAGUGCCUACAGUGUGUCUACCUUAAAGUCCAAUUACUAUAAUAGAAAUCAUCAAUCAACAUGCUUGUGCCUGGCCUAAUAAAGUAUCUUGUGAAACACAGUGUUUAUGUUUCAAAUUUUAACUAUUGCAGGAUUCUAAUAAGACAAAAAAAGACCAUGCCUCCAGUGUCACAACUUAUGGUCCCUUUACCUGUCAAAUCUAUGCCAGAUAGUUCAAAUGUGGGUGCUGAAUUAACUGGAAAACUCAACAAAGAAGAAAUAAUGAAAUGGUUAGCGAAAUUCUAUCAACGAAGAGAAAUUAAAGCUGCAGCUGUGGAAAAUGGAAUUGACAAUUACAUAUAUCAUCAGACAUACCUCAGUUUCAGAAAAUUUUGUCUUGAAGAUGACAAGUUGCCAGUUGAUUUACAUGUCACCCUAAGUGAUAUCAUAGCAGGAGCUUGUCAUUUAGAUAGUUUGUUACCAUACUUUAUUCGGCAUGCAAAACAAGCUUUUCCUCAUUUAGAAUGCCUUGAUGAUUUGAAAAAAAUCUCUGAUCUUCGACUUCCUGCAAAUUGGUACCCUGAAGCAAGAGCUUUGACACGCAAAAUUGUAUUUCAUUCUGGCCCAACAAAUAGUGGGAAAACAUAUCAUGCUCUUGAAAGGUUUUUUAAUUCAAAAUCAGGAGUUUAUUGUGGUCCCUUAAAACUUUUGGCAUCUGAAGUGUAUUACAAAAGUAAUCAGCGUGGUGUCCCAUGUGAUUUAGUAACUGGAGAAGAAAGAAAUUUUGCUAAUGCUACUGAUAAAUCUCCUUCUUCCCAUGUAUCUUGCACUGUUGAAAUGGUCUCAGUGAACACUCCAUAUGAAGUUGCUGUUAUUGAUGAAAUUCAGAUGUUAAAGGACCCUAGUCGCGGUUGGGCAUGGACAAGAGCAUUAUUGGGUGUAGUUGCUGAAGAGGUGCACGUUUGUGGUGAAGCCGCCGCAAUUGAUGUUGUAAAAGAAAUUCUCAUGAGUGCCAGCGAAGAAAUCGAGAUGCGUCGAUAUAAACGUCUUACGGAGCUAAUUAUCGAAGAUGCUUCUCUGGGAACCUUAGAUAAGAUUAGGCCGGGAGACUGUUUAGUUUGUUUCAACAAGCAAGACAUAUUCUGGUCUAUGAGACAAAUUGAAGCUAUGGGCAUUGAAUGCGCAGUGAUUUAUGGAUCACUACCACCUGGAACAAAAUUAGCGCAAGCCAAGAAGUUCAAUGAUCCCGAUCACCCCUGUAAAGUUCUGGUUGCUACUGAUGCUAUUGGCAUGGGAUUGAAUCUGAAUAUUGGCCGCGUUAUAUUUAAUUCUCUCAUCAAACCUACGACAAAUGAAAAAGGGGAGAAAGAAAUGGACACUAUAAGCACUUCGCAGGCUUUGCAAAUUGCCGGAAGAGCUGGCCGGUAUGGAACCCAGUUUUCGACUGGCUAUGUAACAACUCUAAAAAAUGAAGAUUUGCCAACACUCAAACGACUUCUAUCCCAACAUCCAGAGCCAAUCAAUCAAGUUGGUUUACAUCCAACAGCCGAACAAAUCGAACUCUAUGCCUAUCAUUUGCCCCAUGCUAACCUAUCGAACUUGAUUGAUAUAUUCGUCAAUUUAUCAACACUUGACGAUUCUCUUUAUUUCAUAUGCAACAUUAACGAUUUCAAGUUUUUGGCUGACAUGAUUCAGCACGUUCCUCUACCUUUGCGAGCUCGGUAUGUAUUUUGCUGUGCUCCUAUCAAUAGGAAAAUACCUUUCGUCUGUUCCAUGUUUUUGAAGUUUGCACGUCAGUACAGCAGGAACGAAGUCCUUUCCUUCGAUUGGUUGGGACGGCAAAUUGGCUUGCCUUUUUCUUGCCCCAACACGUUGCUCGAAUUAGUUCACCUUGAAUCUGUAUUUGAUGUGCUCGAUUUAUACCUUUGGUUAAGUUAUCGCUUCCAGGAUUUGUUUCCUGACGCUUCUCUGGUUCGAGAUAUGCAAAAGGAACUUGACUGUUUAAUUCAAACAGGUGUGGCGCAGCUUACUAGACUAUUAAUAAACUCGGAAACCGGAGUAAGCAGUGGAACGAGUCAAGCGGUCGAGGCUGAAGAAAACCAACAUGUUCCGAGUGCUAAGAAAACUCCCUAUUUCCACAAUGCAGUCAAUAUCGUGAACUCCAUAUCAUCUCAUGGAAGGAUAGCCGAUCGCCUGUUGUCUGAAGGUUUGCUGACACCUAAACUUCUGGAGGAUUUGAAAACAGAGUGGCAGCGUGAAAAGGACAAUGAAACGGCCCAUGAAACUGUUAGCACCGUCACUAGUCCUCUUUCAACUAAGCGUAGCAAAAAUGAAAUGUUCAAAGCCGUGAAGAGAAUCAAUAGAAAACGUGUAAAAUAGAAUGUUUAAAUUAAUAAACAGGUUAUGUCUGA